AUGGAGUUCAGCGUUUCCUACAGAUCUUUGCAUUUUGCUUUCUGUAUAGGCAUCAUUUUGGGAUUACUUUUCAACGUGCAGACAACACUAAUAGAAGAAUUGUCCUUUUUGCAGGACAGACGAUUUGACAACUAUGUGCUUGAUCACGGGCUAUUGUGGGACUUCCAGUCAAUGUCUAAAUUGGCAUGCUCUGCUGGUUGCGCUAGUUUCAAAACUUGCAUUUCCUUUCAUUUCAACAAAGAAAACAGACGUUGUCGCGCGUAUGAAACGUUGAUGUUCACAACAGAAGCAGGCGUGUAUGAAAAUAACUGGAGCUAUUUCUAUCUGACAGAAGUUGGAAAGUGCCCGCCUCUGUAUGCUUAUAGCAGACAAUUUGAGUAUUGUGUGGGAUAUGAAGGUCAUUUCAAUGAUGGUGAUGGAUUGGCUAAAUGUCAAGAAAAUAAUGGACGAUAUCUACUGGUGAGAACGGCGGAGGAAAGCAGAUUUGCCAGCCUUUUAGGAUACAAUUUUGACAAACUUCCUAACUCAAGAAAUCGUCAGUUGAGAAUUCAAGGAACGUUUGACUUCACAGAUAUGACUUGGAAAGAUGACAACGGAAACACUCUCACGUUUACACAGUUUGUAACAGAAGAAUACACUCCUAUAGGUGACCACGCUCUGUACAUCACAACUGGACAUGUCAUUCCCGGUGGUAUCAACACAGCUGAAAAUGACGACCUGGAGUCACUUAUAUUGUAG